AUGAACCACCUGUCGACGCGACGCCUUGGGGGCACUGUGACCCCCGGCUCGGCACUUUCGGGUACCUGCUACGUGAGCCACAUCACACGGCCGGCCCGCACCUUGUGCUGGAUGAAGCUGGCGGUCUUCACGCAGUUCCCGGUCGUCCCAUCGCUGGCCGGCACGCAGGUGCAGGGCCGCCAGGACCUGCUCGCCUCUACCGCUGGCGCCGGCACCCCCGAGGAAACAAGCCUGUUUCUUCAGAUCGAGCUCUUCGAUGACGAGUGCCCGCAGCUGUGCGCAAAUUUCCGCCGCCUCUGCAACGGGCAGUCGUCAACGCGGCAGGGGCAGGUGUACUGCUACCAAGGCCUCACCCCUAGCUACUGUGGCACAUAUUUCCACAAGAUCAUCCCCUCUUACUGCGCCCAGGGGGGUGACAUCACCAUGCGUGUGAAGCCUGGCGGCACGAACAGCUACAGCAGCGCUGGACGCACGUGGCUGCUGGAUGAGUUCAAGAUGCGACGCCAUAACGAAGUUGGUCUUGUUUCCAUGGCGAACAACGGCCCCAACUCGAACGGGUCGCAGUUCUUCAUCACCACCUCGGCAGCGCAUGAGCGCGCCUUCAACGGCCGUCACUGCUGCAUCGGUCGUGUCGUGCGCGGCCUUGACGCCUUCAUAGCACUCGUCGCCCCAUUUGGCAACAUCGAGGGGCAUCCGUCCAAGUAUGCGGUAGUAGUGGACUGUGGCGAAGGAGAGGCGCCGACGAUGAUGUCGGCAGUGCCGUCGCCCGCUGCAGUAUCCCAGGCAUCGAUGGCGGUAUCAGAGACGGAGACGGCGCUGUCGUCUCCUGCAGCCGACACGCGGUCCGCGACCGUCGAAGAAGCGCCUGCAGAGCUGGACGUACAUCACCGUGAGCAGCUGCAGCAUCACCAAGUCGCGGAUGGCACCGGUGUGAUUGCGGCCCUGUCCCCGUGCGGAGCCGCUGCAGCCGCGGUGUCCCCCUCGAUCUCCCCUGCGCAACCACUGAAGAGCUCCCUGAAGGGAAAAAUGACGGCGGCGUCGGAGGCAGCCAAGACGCAUGCGAAGCAUGUAACGUAUCAGCUGUGA